AUGGCUUCUCUUUACUGUUCUCCUUUCCUCAAAAACUCGGCGAGGGUUUUCCCAUUUUUCUGCAUCGGAGCCGCUCCUUCUACGCGCGAAACAGAUGUCAGACUAUCUCCCAAACGAGGUGAUCAUCGAAAUCCUCUCGGCACUGCCCGUGAAGUCGCUCAUCAGAUUCAUCUGCGUUUCCAAGACAGCAUCCUUGGCUCCCACAUCCGCGAGCUUUCUCUCGACCAAGAAAUAGAAGAAUAUGACAUGGAAAGGGAAAUGGAAAAUUUCUUGCAGGUAGGUGGUUCAUCUAAUGGUGUUGUUUGUCUCGCGGAUAAUAUUUUUCCUAAGAACUCGGGGGUAUGUCUUCUCUGGAAUCCUUCUAUUCAAAAAGUUAUAUUACUUCCGGACCCUAACAUUGGAGCAAACUUUGGAGGAUUUACCUCAAACUGUUCAAUUAUUCGUUCUCUUGGCUUUGGGUAUGACCCCAAGACAGAUGAUUACAAAUUGGUGAAGGUUCUGUAUCUUCGAGACCCUGCUUAUACUACUCUUCAUCGUCUGCCGGUUGAGAUUUAUACGCUUCGAACGGGCGCAUGGCGCACUGUUAUGGCCCCAGCUCCUCCCUACGUCACUGAAAAGGGCUUCAUGUUGGUUUUCUUGAAUGUGGCGUUCCACUGGCGCGUACACACUCCACGGGGCCAGGGCGCUUUUCGCAAUGUGAUCGUGUCAUUGAAUAUGGAAGAUGAGACAUUUGGCGAAAUGGCCAUGCCCAAGAGUUUCGAAGGGUUGGAAUACAUGAACGUUAAUCUGGCGGUAGUUGAUGGGUUGCUUGCAAUUGUCCCUUGUUGUAACUAUUGGGGGCAUCUAAUCGACGAAUACCCGCUCCGUGUGGGUGAUGAAAGAAUGAUAGGAUUUACAAAGAAUGGUGAAGUUCUAGUGGUCGACUACGAUGACAACUUGUCUUCCUACGAACCAAACAGCCAACGAGCAUUGGAUCUUCAUAUCGGUGAUGCUAUAACAGUCGUUUUCUUUGGAUACUUAUAUGGAGAGCCUUGUUCUUACUUAAUGCAGGAGACUGAUCAGUUUCGGGAAGAAAUAUAA